UGAGUUUCCGUUCUUUAAUAAGUUCUUUGUACAUAUUAAUUGAUUUCAUGAUGGAUAUACGUAGAAUGUCGCCGUCAAUGAUAGCUCUGGUGGUGGAAGAAGAGAACAAGAAGUACCAAAGAGGUGUGAAACAUCUUUGUGACAACGGUCUGACCAAAGUGCCAACCAAGUAUAUAUGGCCUGAAACUGACCGACCCAUCUUCACAAAACCCGACAAGCUCAUCAAACCUAAACAAAACCUAAAGCUUCCCAUCAUAGAUAUCGCCGAGCUCCUUGGACCUAAUCGGUCUCAUGUCCUACGAACCAUAGCCGAGGCCUGCGAAAACUACGGAUUCUUUCAGGUGGUGAAUCAUGGAAUGGUGGGAGAUGUGAGCAGGAACAUGAUAGAAGUAUGUAAGAAAUUCUUUGAGCUUCCAUACGAGGAGAGAUCAAAGUACAUGACUUCGGACAUGUCGGCUCCAGUACGGUACGGCACGAGUUUUAACCAGAGCAAAGACAAUGUCUUUUGCUGGAGGGACUUCUUAAAACUCUCUGCACAUCCUCUCCCUGAUUAUUUUCCUUAUUGGCCUUCUUCUCCAUCCGAUUUCAGGAGUUUGGCGGCUAUUUACGCGAAAGAAACGAAAGAGAUGUUCGAUUUGAUGGUGAAAGCCAUAUUGGAGAGCCUUGAAAUCGACGGUGAGGGAGACAAGGCGGCCGAGGAGUUGAAAGAAGGUAGUCAGUUGGUGGUUGUGAACUGUUAUCCGCCGUGUCCACAGCCGGAGCUGACGCUGGGGAUGCCACCACACUCCGAUUACGGCUUCGUGACUCUUCUUCUGCAAGACGACGUUGAAGGGCUUCAGAUUAUGUACCGUGACGAAUGGGUCACUGUUGAUCCCAUUCCUGGCUCCUUUGUCGUUAACGUUGGUGAUCAUCUCGAGAUAUUUAGCAACGGGAGGUACAAAAGCGUGUUACAUAGGGUAUUGGUGAAUUCCACAAAGCCUAGGAUAUCAGUUGCGUCGCUGCAUAGCUUCCCUUUGACAUCCGUUGUGAAGCCCUCGCCGAAACUCACCGACAAGCAUAAUCCACCACAGUAUAUGGACACCGAUUUUGCCACUUUUCUUCAGUAUAUAUCUUCUCGAGAACCCAAGUGGAAGAAUUUUCUUGAAUCACGCAAGAUUCACCAUAUAAGGUGAACGAAAAAUAUGAUCAUCUUCAACGUUAAGGUGAAUUAGAUUAAUUGUGGUAUGGAUCAUGGU